AUGGCAAUUAGUUCAUCAAGGAUUCAACUACUACUACCUUUGGUGGUUGGCUAUGCAAUAAACCUGGCCAUAAGCCAUGGCCAAAUUUGUGUGGCAGAAUUAGAAGAAGAGUAUGUUCCAUUAUUCAUAUUUGGUGAUUCAUUGUUUGAUGUUGGGAACAACAACUACAUUAAUACCACAACAGACAUGCAGGCUAAUUUCUGGCCUUAUGGCCUCACUUCCUUUAAGUACCCCUCUGGAAGAGUUUCUGAUGGACGCUUGAUCCCAGAUUUCAUUGCUGAAUAUGCAAACAUGGAGUUUAUUCCACCAUAUUUACAAAUUGGUAACCAUCAAUAUAGUAAAGGAGCAAAUUUUGCAUCAGCUGGAGCUGGUGCUCUUGUUGAAACCAAUCAAGGCUUGGUGAUUGACCUCAGUAGCCAACUCAAAUACUUCAUUGAAGUUGAAACAUUGCUGAAGCAGAAAUUGGGAGAUGAAGAAGCUAGGACAUUAUUGAUAUCUAAAGCUAUCUACUUGUUUAGUAUAGGGACCAAUGAUUAUCUUGUUCCUUUCAUUCCAAAUAUUUAUUCAAGCAUUUUACAGAAGUACCCUCCACAAGUCUAUGUGGAUAUGGUUCUAGGCAACUUGACUAUUGUCAUCAAAGAAAUAUAUAAGAAAGGUGGGAGAAAAUUUGGAUUUCUAAAUCUUUUUCCAUUAGGGUGUUUACCCGUAGCAAAAGCACUUAAUCUAAAAAUCAAUAAAGAUGGCUGUGUUGAAGAGAUUAUGGAAAUUACUCAGCUACACAAUGUUGCACUUAAGGAACUCCUUCAAAAGCUAGAAACUCAGCUACAAGGAUUCAAGUAUUCAUAUAUUGAUUUCCACACUGCCAUUAGUGAAAGGAUAAAAGAUCCUUCAAAAUAUGGAUUCAAGGAAAGCAAGAUAGGAUGUUGUGGUGGUGGUCCUUAUAGGGGAUUUCAAAGCUGUGGAGGGAAAAGAAGUGUGAAAGAGUAUGAAUUAUGUGAGAAUGUUGAAGAAUACUUGAUCUUUGAUGCUGCUCAUCCAACAGAGAAAGCUUAUCAUCAAAUUGCUGAGCAAAUGUGGAAUGGAGAUCACAACUUUGCAGGACCUUACAAUCUCAGAGAGCUUCAUCAAACUUGA